AUGGAAAACAGCACUUUUGGUGGGGAUAUUCUAAUCCUAGAGGGGUUAAAGGUCACAUCCCAGUCCUUUAUUCCUGCUUUCAUCCUCCUCCUACUCAUCUACAUCUUCAUCAUGGUGUCCAACAUCGGCCUGGUGGUCCUGAUCUUGAGGAGCAGGAGCCUCCACCAGCCUAUGUACCUGCUCUUCUGCAACAUGAGUAUUAAUGAUGUUUUUGGGGCCACGAUAAUUAUACCUCACGUACUCAGAGAUCUUUUAAUAUCAGACUCGGUCCGAUACAUUCAUUACAUCGACUGUGCCAUUCAGGCCUUCUGUGUCCACCUCCAUGCGAGUGCUUCUCACACCGUGCUCAUGAUCAUGGCCUUCGACCGCUACGUGGCCAUCUGCAACCCCCUGCGAUACGCUUCCAUCGUGACCAACAGGAUGGUGUUGGAGCUGUCGGUGGCGGCGUGGGGAACAGCCUUCGUGCUGGUGGUGAUCCUCGUGGGCCUCAGCGUCCACCUGUCGCGCUGCAGGUCAGUUAUAUUCAACCUGUUCUGCGACAACGCCUCCCUGUUCAAGCUGUCCUGCGAAAGCGUCCUCGUCAAUAACAUCUACGGCCUCGGCUACACGGUGGUCCUGCUGGGCUCAUCCAUCGGCAGCGUAACUCUCACCUACCUGAAGAUUGCAGCAGUGUGUGUGUGCAGUAAGAACAAGGUGUUGAACAGCAAAGCGCUGCAGACCUGUGCCACUCACCUGGUUGUCUACAUCAUCCUUCUGGUGUCUGGCUUCGUCAUUGUAAUCCUGCACCGUUUCCCUCAGCUGGCAGACCACAGGAAGGUGGCGGCCGUUAUGGGACAUGUUGUGUUGCCAGCCCUGAACGCCAUCAUCUACGGCCUGCAAAUCAAAGAGGUCCGGCAGAGGAUUAUGACUUUGUUCCAUAACAAUAAAGUAGCUUUAAUGGGUGUAAAAUGAUACAAUGUGAUGAGAAGGCCGA